AUGUGUCUUUGCGAUUUUUGUACUUAUACUUUGAACUUGACUCAUUGUAUUGCAAUGCCUGAACCAGCGAAGUCCGCCCCGAAGAAGGGAUCCAAGAAGGCCGUCACGAAGGCCGCCGGUAAGGGAGGAAAGAAGCGCAGAAAGUCCAGGAAGGAGAGUUACGCUAUCUACGUGUACAAAGUCCUAAAGCAGGUCCAUCCUGACACCGGGAUCUCCUCCAAGGCGAUGGGCAUCAUGAACUCCUUCGUCAACGACAUCUUCGAGCGCAUCGCCGGUGAGUCGUCUCGUCUCGCUCACUACAACAAGCGCUCCACCAUCACAUCGAGAGAGAUCCAGACCGCCGUGCGUCUGCUGCUGCCCGGUGAACUGGCCAAACACGCCGUGUCUGAGGGCACAAAGGCCGUCACCAAGUACACCAGCUCCAAGUAAAGUGAAGCUCCAGCUGCACCCAAAGGCUCUUUUAAGAGCCACCCAUGUUAUCACUUAAAGAGAAUGUUUGUGUUUUCAUAACAUUUGUUUUUAUUCUUUAUACAGAUUAGGUUUUAGUCCGAAUUAAUUGUAUGACAAAUGUAUCAUUUUGCAUCAAUG